AUGCAGAGGCUGACUGACACGUGUCUUGUCCCCAACCGGACUCUCCGCGACCUCAUCGACCGCUGGCUGCUCUCUGAUCAGUCUCAGGUUACGGUUAGUACAGGUUCAGGCACUGCAGCGUCACUAGCUAGCUUGAAAUUGAGCUUGCAGUCUCAACACCUGGCCAUCGAGGCUAAGCUUGAGAUACUGAAGAAGGUUAGGGUUCUCUGCGUCGAGUCGGAUAUCGGUCGAGCUUGCUUGGUUCAGUUGGGUUUCUUCUCUUUGCUGAUCGGAUUGCUGUUUCAGAGCCCAGAUUUUGUUCUUCUUGAGCCGGAGUUUGUUGAAGUUGGUUUAGAUUGUGUCUUGAGCUUGGCUCCUUCAACCCAGUUGGAUUCACUUAAUUUGCUCAGAAAAGAAGCUAGAUUAGCUUCAUUCUUGGUUCUGCUAGCUCAAGGCAAUGUGAAGAUCCAAACAAGCUUAUGUUACCUAAUGGAGACAAUCUCCAAAUCAAACGCAACGAAAGAACUAUGCCAAAUUCUUGUGCAAUCAACACAAGUUAUGAAAAUUGUUGCAUCUCUUUUACGUAAUACGUCAUCAUCAGAUGCAGCAGUCAGAGCUUUAUCAGGCAUCUGCUCAUCAGAAUCCAACAGAAUCAACGCAAUCAAAGAAGGAGCAGUUGAUGGGCUAAUCUCAUACUUAGCGAUCUCCAGCAACAACAGCAGUUCAGUAGCAUUGGCUACAUUGGAGCUGCUCUCAGGGGUUGAUUCAGGCAAAAGGGCAUUGAUCAGGAACAAGGCUGCAGUGGGGGUUCUGGUCAAGUUUGUGUUCAGGGUUCCGUCGACGAAGGAGGACGACGAAGGGAGCGAGCACGCGAUCGGGGUUCUGACGGCGGUCUGUUGCGAGUCGGCGAGGGCGAGGGCGGAGGCGGUGGCCGCCGGAGUUUUGAGUCAGGUGCUGCUGUUGAUGCAGAGCCAGCGCGGGGCAAAGGCUAAGGCUAAGGCAAGGGCAUUGCUGAGAUUGCUCAGGUUUAUGUGGGGUAAAGAUUCAAGUAGAGGUGGAGGUGAAUUUUGCCUACUCGUGUAG